UGUAGUGUAUUGGCUGAAUAAAGUGUUGCUUGGUUGUCUCAUGCGCCUACGUCACGAGUCAGUCGUCAACCGUCACCCGAGCGGAGCGGUUGUGUUUAAGACGACUGUAUAGUGUUGUGGUGUUGGUGAGCCGUAAUACUCCAAGAGGCAGGACAUUACAUGUGGCGACGAGGAAAAUAAUAAGUACACAUUUGUGGAAAUAAAAAGGGGAAAGAUAGUGAAAUAAGUGACGUCAUUCCCAGAGUUCUUUGCCUAUAAUUUGCUAUGAACCGGUUGUUUAAAUUAUUCGCUAUUGAUACCAAAACAAUUGCAUCUUCACUUCUUUACGAUUGUAGAUAAUUUUGUUCUUGACGGAAAUAUGAACAGCACUUACUUUGGUCGCUCUAAAGAUGUCACUCCUUUCACUGGAACAGUUCGACUGCAACGGUGAAUCUACCUCGAUGGGUGCACGAUGGGAGCCAUGGAAACGAGCACUAUUAAUUUACCUCGAAGCGUCGAACAUUGAUAAAGACGUAAAGAAAAGGGCCUCUCUUCUACAUUUCGGCGGAAUAGACUUACAGGAAGUAUUUUACAACAUCCCUGGGGCUAAUGUCGAACCAACUGAAGGCGAAGACGUGUUUGAAGUAGCGAUAUCUAAACUUGAUGCCUACUUUGCACCAAAGCAGAGCAAAGUUUACGAGAGACAUAUAUUCAGGCUCCUUAAACAAGAACCUGACGAAAAAUUUGAAAAAUUUGUUUUCAGACUGAGAAAACAAGCUGAUAAAUGUCAGUUUGCUAACAGAGAUGAAAACAUUAUCGACCAAAUAACGGAAAAAUGUUUCCUACCCGAACUGAGGAAAAAGAUAUUACGGAUUGGAGAUGAAAUUACAUUAGAGCAAGUAAUAACCGAAGCAAAUACUCUUGAAGUUGUUAAUAAACAAUUAGAAGAGUUUAAAACCCCGCUAAAAUCAAUCGAGAAUCAAGAAGUAAACAGGAUAGAUAGUAAAUUUAAAAGGAACUUUGAUACAUCAAGGAAUGUGGAAUAUGGAUGCGGUAGAUGUGGUAAUCUUAGACAUGCUGGAAAUGAUACGAACUGCCCAGCAAGGGAUAAAGAAUGCCUAAAAUGUGGUCUUAAGGGGCAUUUCAGACAAUACUGCCGAACGAAACAGACCUUGAAACGGAAAGGGGAAAGAGAAUAUAGAUAUGAACAUAAGAAAGGUCGUUUCAACAGGAAGAAGAAUGAAGUUAAUCAAGUGGGUGAAUCUUCUAACAACAUAGUACAUAAAGACGGAGAAACUGAGUAUGUUUUUCAUAUUGAUGACGAUGUGUAAAUAUAAAAGAAAAACCAAGUUAAGGUGUAUAAUCAACUUUCAAAACCCGAUGUUACAUUUAUAACUUAUGGUAGCUCUACACCACUGAAAAUAAAAGAAUCAUUUGAAGCUCAGAUAAAAGUAGGACUAAGAUCUGUACACUCAACUUUCUAUGUUUUAUCGAUGGCGCUAGAAAUCUUUUAGGAAAACUUCGGCACAUUGGGAGUUUUGAUAAUUGGAUUAAAUGUAGAAGUGAAUCAAGUAGAUUUCCAGAUUCAACAAUGUAUUAAUGAACUCGCCAAUAGAUCAAUCAAUCCCUAUACUUUUAGAGGCUAAAAUUGAAAACAAAAUUGAAGAACUUAAAUACCAAAGGUAUGUAUAGCGGCUCAAAAAAGGCGGCUAAAGAUAUAUAUAUAGUAGGAUCUUCUAAAUAGGUGUCCCCUGUUGUACCUGUUCUGAAAGAAAAUGGGGAAGUACGUCUUUGUUUUGACAUGCGCCGAGCUAACGAAGCCAUUGUACGUGAAACUGAAACAACUUGCCAAUUGCCGACAAUGCACAAGUUGCUACCAAAAAUGAAAAAUGCAAAAGUAUUAAAAAAUGAGAUAAUUAAGACACGAUAAUAAAAAGUAUUUCACCAACUUAAAAUAGAUCCGGCUUCAAGACACAAAACCAUCUUUAUAACCAGUAAAGGCUUAUUCAGAUACAAAAUUCUCCUGUUUGGCAUAUCAUGUGUCCCAGAAAAUAUUAGAACGCAUGCCUUUAGGUUGUGAAAGUUUGGUAAAUUACAUUGAUGACGUUUUAAUUUAUGGAAAGGGCUCGCUUGAACCUGAU